AGAGAGAGAGAGAGAGAGGCGAGGGGGGGGAGGGGUGGGAAGGAGGAGUGCAGUAAUGGAAUGAAUGAUGGAAGCGGUGGCGAUGCUGAGGCAAUUGAUUGGACAAUUACAGGUGGUUUUGGAGCACUACGGUUCGCCUCCUCCGUCUGCGGUUCCGUCGAAUUACUUCAUUCAGUUUGAAGCUCAACCGCAGCAGCAGCAGCAGCAGCAAACCCUCGGAUGUUGUUUCCCAAAUCUUGAAAGCAGCUCUUUACAGGACAGUUGCUACAACAUCAUAAUGACCGCCGGCAAAUCCGAAAACCUGAAAAUGCUUGAGCCCGGAAAACCUCCCCCGGCAAAGAAGGCGCGCAAGGAUCGCAGUCGAGGAAAAUCAGCAGCAUCGAGCGGAAACAUGGAACCGCAUAUCUGGAAAGAAUUCCCGGAGGACCUCUUCGAAGCCGUGAUAGCGAGACUCCCGAUCGCGACGUUCUUCCGCUUCCGAUCGGUCUGCCGUAAGUGGAACUUGUUGCUGACCUCGCAAAGCUUCUCCCAGCAGUGUGCGCAAGUGAAGCAAGCCCAGCCGUGGUUCUACGCGAUCACGCACGAGAACGUCAAUACGGGAGCGAUGUACGACCCGUCGCUCAAGAAAUGGCACCACCCGGCCUGCCCGGCCCUGCCCACAAAGCUGAUCGUGCUGCCCGUCGCAUCGGCGGGCGGCCUUGUCUGCUUCCUCGACAUCGGGCACCGCAACUUCUACGUCUGCAACCCGCUGACGAGGUCGUUCAAGGAGCUCCCGGCGAGGUCUGUGAAGGUCUGGUCGCGCGUCGCCGUUGGGAUGACGCUCGACCGGAAAUCGGGCUACAAGGUCGUCUGGGUGGGGUCCGAGGGGGAGUACGAGGUGUACGACUCGACGAGGGAUUCGUGGGCACGGCCCGGGCCGAUCCCGCCAAGCGUGAAGCUCCCGCUGGCGCUCAACUUCCGGUCACAGGCGGUGUCGGCGGACGGGACGGUGUACUUCAUGCGGUCGGAACCGGAGGGGGUGGUGACGUACGACACGGAGCGGGGGGUGUGGGGGCAGUGGGCGAUCCCGUGGCCGGGGGGGCGGGGGAGGGACUACGCGCUGGCGGAGGCGGGGGGGCGGGUGAUGCUGGCGGGGCUGGUGACGAGGAAUGCGGCGACGUGCGUGUGCGUGUGGGAGCUGCAGCGGAUGACGGUGCUGUGGAAGGAGGUCGACAGAAUGCCAAACGUGUGGUGCUUGGAGUUUUACGGGAAGCACGUGCGGAUGACGUGCCUCGGGAACAAGGGGGUGCUGAUGCUGUCGCUGCGGGCGCGGCAGAUGAACCGGCUGGUGACGUACGACAUGCGGACGCGGGAGUGGGCGAAGGUGCCCGGCUGCGUGGUGCCGCGGGGGAGGAAGAGGCAGUGGAUCGCCUGCGGGACGGCGUUCGACCCGUGCUUGACGGCCCGGGCGUGACGGGGCUCGAUCGAUCGAUUAGGUAUGGACUACUGUUUUAUCUAUCUACUAUGUUCUUUUUCUGUUAUGUGUUUUGUGUUUUUUUUUCUACGGGAUUGUUAUUGUUUUGUGUAUGUGUUUGGGAUGGGAUGGGAUGGGAUGGGAUGCGAUUUGAAAUCUAUGACUUCGACAUAUAUGAUAUGAUAUGAAAUGAAAUAAUAGGAUCCAUCCUUUCCAG